AUGACUGCGGCAACUCUCACCCAUCAUCCAUCCGCUAGCACCAAGAAAAAGAUUAAGACCAAAGCCUGGCGGGGAAACAUCCGACACCCAGGGGCAGGCUUAUUAGCUCGCUGGCUUUCUUCCCCACCUACUGCCUCCAACUUCGGGGGAUGUCGGGGUGGACCUGGGCCGGGGGAUCCCCACGUGGCGCGGCCUCCCCAGGCUCGGCCUGCUCAGCCCCUCCUUCUCUUGCCCCCUCCCGCGGAACCCGCCGCCGUUCCUUCCAUCCCCCCGCGGCCUGCCUCCUCCCGGGGGAAGCGGCGGCCGAGCCGACUGCGCCAGCGCUGCCCGCCGUCCCCUCAGCGGCCUCGCUGCCCCCGACCCCCGGACCUCCGGCCCGGCCUUGGCUCACACAGCGGUCGGGCCGCGGCCCCGGCUCCCCGGACGGCGCAGGCCCCGCGCGGCCCCGGCUCCCCGGGCUGCCCUACCCUCCCAAGCCCCCAGCCGUUACCGGAGGCUUGGACGCGAAGCCGGGCGGCAGGAGCUGCGCAGGCAGUGACUCAGGGCGGCGGCAGCGGGAGGAGCGGGAGGCGGCGCCGCGAACAGAUGGCGCUAAAAAAGACCCGAGAGCCCGCCGCUCGCGCUCAUAUACAAUUAGCGUCAGCACGUAGGGCCGCUCCACCGCCCUCCCCCUGGCCUCGGUGUCGCCUAGCAACGCGAGCGGGAGGCGGGCCCCCGGACCGGGUUGCCUCAGUAACAGAGCCGUCCUUCUUCCCUGGCGCUCCACAGCCGCUGGAGGGCCCUUUCCCCCAGUGCGGCUCUCAGGCUCCUCGGCUUCCCGCCACUGUCUGUCCUCUCCUUUGGCGCACCCCGCCAUCUCUUCCCGCUGCGCCGCGAUGGAAACCCCAACCCCUCCACUUCGACCCGCACUCUCCGCCCCGGGCCCACUUCACCCCCGCGGCGGAGACGGAAACAUCAGCCUGGUCGCAGGCUUGCAGGGCUCUGGCCUCUAGCCUUUCUGGAUUCCUGUCGGUGACCGGGUUAAUUCUUGUAACUAACUGUCCCUCUCCCCUCCAGCGAGACCAUUUUCCCUCCGGGGCUGAGAACAACAGCUCGGGGCAUCCUCUGCAGGUUUUGCUUCUAAAUCAAGGGCCCUGCACCGCCUUCUAG